AAGAUACAAUUCACCUAAAUCUCCUCAAGUCUCCUUCCUAGUUUUUGUGUCUCUGUUAGACUUCCUUCUUUUACUGUUAACAUGGCAGGCCUUCUUUCCAAAUUCCGUUCUGCAAUUACCAUCUUCUUCUUUCUUUUCGUGGUCGCCGUUUCUGGAAAGCCCCACCGAUCAUCUCAGAUCUUGCGACCAGCUGUUGGGUUUGGAAAAGAGAAGAUGAGCCACCUUCACUUCUACUUCCACGACAUCGUUAGCGGUCCUAAUCCAACUGCCGUGCAAGUGGCUGCUGCCGCAUCUACAAUGAAAUCACCUACGUUCUUUGGUGCUGUGGUGAUGAUAGACGACCCCUUGACAGAAGGUCCAGACCCGAAGUCAAAGCUGGUAGGAAGAGCUCAGGGUUUGUAUGCUUUGGCGUCGCAGCAGGAGGCCGGCCUGUUAAUGGUCAUGAAUUUCGCAUUUAUGGGUGGGAAGUUUAAUGGGAGUACACUCAGUAUACUCGGGAGGAACACGGUCUUCUCAAAGGUGAGGGAAAUGCCAGUGGUGGGAGGGAGUGGGCUUUUUCGCUUUGCUCGUGGAUAUGCUCAGGCCCACACCCAUACCUUGAAUCUUACAACUGGUGAUGCGAUCGUAGAGUACAACGUUUAUGUCAUCCACUACUAAUUGCCACUUUUUCUUCUUUUCUUCUUUUUUUUUUUCUUUUUUUUUUUUAAUAAUUUUUUAGGAAAUGAUAUUUAUACCCCAUAGUUUUGGUAAAGGCACCCUCAUCUUUUAUUUUCAUGGACCGCAAGGAAAGGGCGUUUGUAAUAAAAGCAGGGGUUGCUUUUUGUUUAUGUUUGUGUUUUUUUCUCCAAUCCUAAUAUGAGUCGUUGAGCUAAA